GAGCUUGCGUGCUGGUAGUCGGCGGGAGAUUGGAUCUCGCGAUGUGCGUGCGCGUGCGUGGUCCACGCGAGCUCGCGCACGCCCCACCCCGCCCCCUCUCAGUAAGGGGCUGUAUUGGCCUCUUUGGCGUCCGGGCAGGACCCUGAACUGUGGCCUCAGCCGGAGUCUGGAGCCAUCCUCCACGGCGCCGCCACCGCCCUAACUGCCUGCUACUCUGCCUUGGGCUCUUCCUGCAGUGCAGAGGCGGCGGGCUUGGAAGGGAGUAGUGCAACGUGAGGUUCGCGGCCGAUGGGCAGCCCUUGGGCGCGCUGAGGGGCCGGGCUACCAGCGGCUGAGAAGAUGAUGCAUCCCGUCGCCAGCAGUAAUCCGGCUUUCUGUGGGCCCGGCAAGCCUUCUUGCCUCAGUGAAGAUGCCAUGAGAGCUGCCGAUCAGUUUGACAUAUACUCCUCCCAGCAAAGCAAAUACAGCCACACAGUCAGCCACAAACCAAUGGCUUGUCAGAGGCCAGACCCAUUAAAUGAAACACACUUGCAGACUACAAGUGGCAGAAGCAUAGAGAUAAAAGAUGAACUAAAGAAAAAGAAAAAUCUCAAUCGGUCUGGUAAGCGUGGCCGGCCUUCUGGAACUACCAAAUCAGCAGGAUACCGGACCAGCACAGGCAGACCCCUGGGAACCACCAAAGCAGCUGGAUUUAAGACAAGUCCAGGCAGACCUUUGGGUACAACCAAAGCUGCGGGAUACAAAGUCAGCCCAGGGAGACCUCCAGGUAGCAUCAAAGCCCUGUCCCGUCUCGCCGAUCUUAGUUAUGGCUGUGGCACUGCUGCUUUUCCUUACCCUAUGAUGCAUGGCAGAGCAGUGCACGGGGUGGAGGAAAACAGCAGCGACGUCAAGCCGCCCAAUGAGUGAAGGAGGCAGGAAAGGAGGGCCAGGUUUAAAGGGAGAGUGUGAAUAAUCCCAAAGCUUCUUGGUUUUAUUUUGACAUACAUGAUUUUUUGGCCUGGACUUUCCACAUUUGUUUUCUUGUUUGUUUGAGUGGUUUUCUCCCCUACCCUGCUUUUGCUCAAAAACCGCCAUAUGCUGACCGACGCACUCAGGGCAUGAGCAGUGGCUUUGAAUUUGUACAUAGGUUCAAGUGUAACACCUAACUAAAUCAUUUUUGCUUUUUCUUUAGAGUAUGGUUAUAUCUCAUAUUUCAUUACUACU